CUCUCCAAGAGCGUUUCCCUCUAGCGGGAAGCAGGUAUCAUGGCGGCGCAGAACCGGGCUCUGGUCUCGGCCCAGUGGCUGGCGGACGCCGUCAGAACCCACCUCGUCGGGCCCAAACUUCGCGUCCUCGACACGUCGUGGUACCUGCCGAAGACGAAGCGGGACCCGAGAGCGGAGUUUGCGCGGACGCACGUCCCGGGCGCCUCGUUCUUCGACAUCGACGACUGCUGCGACAAGAACUCCGCGCUCGAUCACAUGCUGCCGACAUCCAGCCACUUCUCGCAGUACGUGGGCGGUCUGGGCAUCGGGAACGACACGCACGUAGUGGUGUACGACACCAGCGACUUCGGGUCGUUCGGCGCGCCGCGGCUGUGGUGGAUGUUCCGUCUGUUCGGACACAGUCGGGUGUCGGUGCUGGACGGCGGCUUGAGGAACUGGCUGGCGGACGGCCACCCGGUGACAUCUGACUACUGCGAGCCGGAGAGGAGCGAGUUCGAGGCCACGGUGAACCAGUCGUGGGUGAAGAGCUACGAGGACGUGUUGGAGAACACCAGGACCCAGCAGGUCCAGGUGGUGGAUGCCCGGUCUGCAGGGAGGUUCAGGGGUACUGAGCCGGAGCCCAGAGAUGACACCCUGCCGGGACAUUUCCCGGGUACAAUCAAUAUGCCGUUCCCUUCUUUCCUGGAUGCCACUGGCAAGGAGCUGGAAACCGAAGGCCUGUCCAAACUGUUCCGAGAGGCGGGGGUGGACCUGGAGAAACCACUCUGGGCUACAUGUGGGUCCGGCGUCACAGCGUGUCACGUUGUUCUGGCGGCUCACCUGCUCGGGCACCCUGGGGUGUGUGUUUACGACGGCUCCUGGUCUGAAUGGUUUAAAAGGGCAUCACCGGAGCAUAUCAUCUCGGAGGGAGAGAGAAAGAAGGUGUGAUGGAAAGAGACAAGGCAGUGGAUACAAGCAAGGGUGUGAUGUUACUUUACGAGGGGAUGCAAUGUUUUUGCUGCCAGCAAGAGUGAUAGAUCACUAUAAAACUAGUUUCAUAGUAUACUUUCAACUUAUACGCAUGAGAUAGGUCAUGCUGUAUAAGGCUGCUUUUCUCAUUAAAGCUUGAAAUUAAAGUCUCCUCUACUUAUGCAAAUGGUCUGACUUUUCUCAAUAGAACCAUAAAGGCAUAUUGCAGAAAGGUUUUCAAUAUUGUAUAACAUUAUUAUAUCUCGUCAUGUCAACGACGGUAGAGAAAAGGACAUUUCCUCCCAGAGGGUGUCAAGAUCAGAGAUGUUGGGUUCUUGGAAGAUGUGCAUUUUCUUGAUUUCUUGAUGAAUUAUUUUUUCAAAUGUAUAAAUAAAUGGCGAGGCAGUUGUUUUGUUAUGCUAUACAUGGUACAGUGUCUUUUCUUCCCUUUUUAAAACAUGUCAAGGUCAUGACGUGAAGAAAAACUUUUUAUUCAGCAACCAGAAAGUUGUUAGAAGGCCAUGGAAGACCAAAGGGUAAAAGUCUUCCUCACAAU